AUGCGCAAACCGACUGUCUUGCAUGUGAACACGCGCUUUGGUUCUUGGAAGCAACCUAUGCCACAGAACAACCCUAUUCAAGAUUGGAAUCCACCUCCGACCAGUCCUAUUUCGCCCGAAAGGUCCCCAGAACUACCGUCUAGCGCUCCGCCGAGCUCUGCUUCAAAGUCCAAGCGAGCUGUCAAGUCCAAGGAGAUGCCAGCACCCGAUGCAGCUGAGACUCCGAAACCUGGCAAGGGCUCCCGAAAGGGCGCAAGGAAGGCACGGGGGACGAGCGUGGCAUCCUCUGCUGUGACUGGGUCUGUUCGUGGAAGAACCAGAAGUCAGUCAGUUGCCUCGCAUGCAGAUGAGGCUGCUCCAGAUGUCAAGGCAGAACCGAGCACACCGGCGGAGACGAUGGAAUCCGAUGUGCAAUCCACCACAGAAACCCCAACAUCUGGAGGUCGACGUACGCGUCGAAGGGCGGGAACAUUGCAAUCGGUUUUGGAGCAAACCCAAACGGCGAAUAAUAAACGCAAACGCGACCAACGCGAAGAAUCCGACACAGCGGAACCGGACGUCCCCGAUAUCGACAUAGACAUUGGUACUCCCGGCCCGCCUACCUUUGUCAUCGCGAGUCGCAACUUCGGGCGAAUGAGCGUGCCGGUUAUGAACGACAUCACCUCACACAAGCAUGCCAGUCUCUUUUCGCACCCAGUCAAGCCCAAGGAUGCCGAAGGGUAUUACGACAUCAUCCGCCGUCCCCAGGACCUCAAAUCCAUCCGCACCGCCAUUACCAACGGUUCGCGCGCCGUUGCCGCCGCAACGCAAUCAACCGCCGACACACCUUCGGCGAACUCUCCCGGUGGCGCUCCGGCAACGCCCACUCAGAUGCCCAGCACAAGCACACAUAUCACACUGCCAAUCUCGGAAGAGCUCGUUCCGCCGCGGGGCAUUGUUAACUCUGCGCAGCUGGAGAAGGAACUGAUGCGGAUGUUCGCAAACGCGGUCAUGUUCAACAGCGGCGAGGACGGAGUCGUGCGAGAUGCAGUCGAGAUGGCGAAGGAUGUCGAGGCCAGCGUGGCUAAUUGGCGCACGGCGGAGCGGACGAGCGUGUACGAAGCGACAAGCAACGCUGCUGCUAGUGGUGCUGGCGGUGGUGGUACGCCGGCGGAUGGCGAUGUUGAUGACGCCGGCGGGAAGCGGAGGAAGGCUUAA